CUUAUGACACUGGUUAUGACGUUGAGUUGGCACAAUUUACAAUAACAAUAACAGAAAACACAUCCUACUUUUGAAAAUCAACAAUUGAAAAUUGUUGACCAGUUAAACAAUUCGUUUUUCAUUUCAUUCAGUUAUGUUGUAAUAACAUAAUAUUUUACAGGCAGAGAAAGUGGUCUAGUGUCUACAACUUGAAAAUAACCUAAGAUUUUAUUCUCAGAAAUGGACCAAUUAGCUACAGAAAAACUGCUGUCUUUUGCAUAUUUACUUUGUAUAUGUAUGGGAGCAACAUCUAGUAUAACAACAGGAAUUGCCUGGGGUCAUUGGUAUAAAACUCUGGAUCAAUGUGUAAAUCGUAAUUGCAGCUGUAUUCUUUAUGGCAAAAACACAGCAACUAUUUUUCUUGGUGGAGAGCAAGCACCAUGUAUUUGGGUUACUUUUGGUCCACUUAUUCACGUAUUUUUCUCUCUCGGUUUACUUUGCUUUCAUGGGUAUCGUGUUCUUUUCACAACAAAGUCUCCACAAAGUAGAUCUACCAGAACGAUGUUGGCAAAACUUGACACUGGAGAAUCAAUUGAGAUUGAAACAGUUUCUCAAGAAAAUACCAGCCCCUUACCCAAAGUCUUCUGGAUAAGCACUUCAGUGAUUUCUUCGAUUUUCACCCUUUACUCUUUGGUACAUUUUGCCAUAUUUUUAGAUGGUUUUUAUGGAACUUGUAAAGAAUACCGUACAGCUUUGGAAAAACUUUUAUAUAUUGGUGGAUCUGCAUUACCGGUCAUUUAUAAUCGAUUGUCCUGUCAAAGUGUCUACGACUUUAUGGAUUAUAUGCAAAUGGAUUCUGGAAAUGCUUACCGUAAUGGAAUAAUCAACACUGGGCUAGCUUUGGUGAUUGGAAUUAUAAGUUCUUUUGUCACAUGGAUUUCGUACUUAUUUGCUAGUAUUUUGAAUAUCAGGCAGACAUGCAUUAGCAAUGAUUAGAUCAAUCAGCGUGUGUGGUUUUAUGGUAUUUUAUAAUGUUUUUAUCCGUCCACUUCAAUGUGUUCAUGUGCCUUUUUGAAUUUUUGUAAGAUAUAUAUGUAUACAUUCCUAACAAUAUUUUUAAAAAUAGUACAAUGAACUAUCUGGCAGAGCUUGGUCCAAAAUAAGAAAGUUUGAGUACCUGUAGAAUGAGACAUAUUUUCAGAAUUGUGAAGAGUAAUCAUAUUGUUAGUAUUUCAGUUCGCCCACGUGAUCACUUCUCUAUUGGUUGAAACGAUAGCUUGUUAACAGUAGCAAUAUCAUUAAAAUAAGAGAAGCAAACUUUAAUAAAAACGGGUUCACUCUGAAGAAAGGCAAGUAAUAGGUACCUGCGAAUCAAUCGUUGAGGUGAUCAGAAUUGUUGUGAAGAUCCCUCCAAACCAUUGAUUCCCAAAGUGGUCCAGAUGGACCUCCUUGGGUCCACGAGAGACUCGACGGGGGUCUACGUUGGCGUGACCAGAAAAUGGGGGUUCACAACUCGUAAGCGAGGGUCCACAAAAAUUUAUCUGAUUUCGAUAGUGAAGAACUAAAAUGUCGGCAGAUAAUAUUUUAAGACACUCAGCUACUGCCACAUGUAAAAACGUGCAAAUUCCAUAUUCAGUACAAUGUGUCGAGACUUGCCCGCCGUCCGUAAAGCUUGUUCAGGCGAGCAAAGGGAACGAAAUAUGACUUGUGUGUGCGUUUUUUAUUGACCAACUUCACUUUUUUGACAUUCUCUCGCAGCACAAUCAAUUAAUUGAUUAACCAAAACAUCCCUUCAAAAAAACAUGGAACUAUUUCUCAAAAGAUCGACUAGAAAUGGCUGAUGGAUUUUUGAGAAAAGAAAUUGAUAUUUGUGAAAUCGAAAAUAUUUGUGGGACCCAUUCGUUAAUAAUCAAGACGAGUGACUGCCUCUCUCAA